AUGUCGAUAAGUAGCUACUUCAAUCGUAAACCCUGUGACUGGGAUAUUGUUGACUUUCUUAAUAAGUGCAAGCAGGGAUCUUUCGAACAAAAAAUAGAUCGGUAUCUUAAAAGCCUCAAGAACAUUUCUGACAACGAAAAGGACAAGAGAAAAGAAAAGGCGAUGGCACUACUUAAUAAAUAUAAAAGGAAACUUCUUGCUGACCCAGCAUUGGUCCCACAAGGCACAGGUGACCUUCUUGGUUGUCUUUGUUCAAAGCUUCUCGCUGACUUUGGAAUCUCAGGAAAUAUUGCGACUAUCAAUGAUAAAACUGGAACUAUUAAUGGUGGAACGUUUGAAAGGGAACAAUCAUUGCCUUCUAUUCCGAAAUCUCGUAAACGAAAAAUAAAAGACUUACCAGAAAUUAAGAAUAUUAAGAUGCGCCUCCUUGAACAUCAACCUGAAAAUAAGGGUGAAGAAGAAAUUGAGAUGCUUACGCAGGAUGAGGUGGACAUUCGUAACAGAUUACUCAGAAUUUCUUACUGUACGGGUCCUCCAGAAAAAAAUUUGGAAACCUACUCCGGAAUUUACGGAAUAUAUCAACCAAUUCACGGUACUCGAACCAAUAUUCCAACAAUUGUUCGCAAAUCCUGUGUUGCUGGGAGAUUUGAUUCUUUUUAUCACGAAGCACAUGAUAUUGCUCAGCAUAUACUAAUACAUUUUUCUUUACGCUUAGAAGCACCAAUGAGAGUAGAAUACAAAGGCCUCGAUUUAGAAAGAACUUAUGCUAUGGACACAAUAAUUACAUUUUAA